CUGCAACACUGAAUUCUGAGCUAUAUAACUUUAGGUUAGCUAACUUGUAUCCAUAUCAAGAGUCAAGACCGUUUUACAGCUGCGGUAUCCGUUACACCAUCUCUAUAAAUUCUGUUCUUAUUCAGAUAUUUUUCUUAUAGCUACGGGCUACUGCCAGUAACGAGUAGUUGCUAAAUAUUGAAAAUUCGAUGCCCUGUAACAAUAUUACUGAACCCAAUAUCAAAACUGGGACAAAUUCAGCCACAACCAUUCACAUGGUGACUCUUAAGGUUGAGUGAGACAGUAUGUUUCGUACUUUUUGGUGAACCAAUCCUUUAAAUCCUGUACACGUACUUCCGCCGUGUGACCACAAGAUGGCGACAUGUACUUCCAUAGUGACGAUAUCCGGGCGGCCAACUCUGCUGUGUGAGCCCACGUUUUGCGGUGUUUGUUCAGUGCUUUUGUCCACUUGUUAAGUAGUCUACUGUUUCUGCUGACACUUUGUAAAAUGUGUAGUCUAAUGUGUCGACUGACUGGGCUCCGGGGACGUAUGGCGCCUGGUGGCCCCAUGCAAAAGGAAUUAGCCUUCCUGAAAAGACAGUGUAUUGUAUCAGAAUGGAGCCUCCAUACUUUGUUUUUAAUUACUGUCGAAAUUUUAGUCUAGACUUACACCCAUGCCAUUAAAAACGGUUUUAGCUUUAAGUCUUAAGUAUACAAUAAUUUAACUUGAAUUUCAGUCCAGUUUUUAAGAGGUUAAGCAGUCCACCCCGUGAAUCCUUUCUUGUAUAACUUCAUCCUGUGGGGCAAACUCGCGGGUCAUCAGAAGAGGGUGGGUGGUCGGUCAAGUAGUGAACUAUGUCUUUGACACGAGAAAAUCUGGAUCGUCUGGGUUGAACAGCAGCCACAGUGGUUGCUCGGGGUCAGGGAUGUGUCCGACUUCAAGAGCACCGCCCUCAAACAUUGGAAUCAGCUGCACAGGGGAAACGGCUGCCUGUCAGGUUGACUGAGGACCGACUCGAUUCACCCAACAGCUCAGGACGAACGCACAGGAAGCAAGAAGCGUGUGGACUGUGUUAAGACGUGAGACUGGGCAUGACGGUGCGGGCCAAGCUGAGGGUGUAGUCACAUCUGGCAGAGAGUGCUGAAGUAAGCAGGAGCCUCAGCACACCAGACCAUCUACUGCGACGGGGGAAGAUGGGAGAAACAGAGGAGGAGAAGGAUAAUGUGGGAAAGCUGUUUGAGAACUUCGUCCAGGCCUCGACCUGUAAGGGGACCCUUCAGGCCUUCAACAUCCUCUGCAGACAGCUGGACCUCGACCCUGCAGACAGCAGCACCUUCUACAGCAGUCUGAAGGAGAAGGUCACCACCUGGAAGGCCAAAGCACUAUGGAGUAAGCUAGACAAGAGGAUGUCCCAUAAGGAGUACAAGAAAGGCCAGGCCUGUGUGGGAACAAAGUGCCUUAUCAUCGGAGGAGGACCGUGCGGCCUACGAACGGCCAUCGAGCUUGCUUUGAUGGGUGCCAAAGUGGUGGUGAUCGAGAAGAGAGACUCCUUCUCGAGAAACAACGUACUGCACCUUUGGCCCUUCACAAUACAUGAUCUCCGGGGCCUCGGGGCCAAAAAGUUUUAUGGCAAAUUCUGUGCUGGGGCUAUAGACCACAUCAGUAUUCAGCAGCUGCAGCUGACCCUGCUGAAGGUUGCCCUGAUUGUUGCAGUGGAAUUUCACAUCAAUGUGGAGUUUGUCAAACUGCUAGAACCUCCGGAAGAUCAGGAAAAUGAAGGGCUUGGGUGGAGGGCUGCAAUCCGACCUGCUGAUCACCCCGUAGCUAACUUUGAGUUUGAUGUCGUGGUGGGGGCUGACGGACGCAGGAAUACUUUGGAAGGUUUCAAAAGGAAGGAGUUCAGGGGUAAACUGGCAAUUGCCAUCACAGCUAACUUCAUCAACAGGAACACCACAGCAGAGGCCAAAGUAGAGGAGAUCAGCGGUGUGGCCUUCAUCUUCAACCAGAAGUUCUUUCUUGACCUUAAAGAGGAGACAGGUAUUGAUCUGGAGAACAUUGUUUACUACAAAGACAACACGCAUUACUUUGUCAUGACUGCAAAGAAACAGAGCCUGCUUGACAAGGGAGUUGUCAUUAAUGAUUACAUAGAUACACAGAUGCUGCUGAGCAGUGAAAAUGUCAACCAGGAAGCUCUUCUGUGCUACGCCCGAGAGGCUGCUGACUUUGGCACCAACUACCAGCUUCCCACACUGGAGUUUGCCAUGAACCACUGCGGGCAGCCAGAUGUAGCAAUGUUUGACUUCACAAGCAUGCAUGCGUCUGAGAACGCUGCCCUGGUCAGGGAGAGAUUUGGACACCAACUACUGGUAGCACUGGUUGGCGACAGUCUACUAGAGCCUUUCUGGCCCAUGGGGACAGGUUGUGCCAGAGGCUUCCUGGCUGCCUUUGAUACAGCCUGGAUGGUAAAGCGUUGGGCUCAGGGACAAACGGUUUUGGAAGUGCUGGCAGAAAGGGAAAGUAUUUACAGGCUACUUCCACAGACAACACCUGAAAACAUUGCCAAAAACUUUGAUCAAUACACCAUAGACCCUGGGACUCGAUACCCCAAUCUUAACUCAUCUUGUGUCAGGCCACACCAGGUGCGUCACUUGUACAUCAGUGGAGAACUGAAUUCCUGCUCUCUGGAGCGUGCUGCUACCAUACGUCGUCCUGUCAAUCUCAGCAGGCGAGAGUCAGAAAUCAGACCGACAAGGCUUCUUACCUGGUGCCAGAAACAGACGGAGGGCUACAGGAAUGUGACGAUCACAGAUUUGACAUCUUCUUGGACAAGUGGCAUCGCCCUCUGUGCCCUCAUCCACAGGUUUAAACCUCAGCUGAUAGAUUUUGACUCACUGAAUGAAGAAGACCAUGCUGCAAACCUCCAGCUGGCUUUUGACAUCAGCGAGCGUGAAUUUGGGAUCCGACCGUUCGCGUCUGUGAAGGAGCUGAGUGACGAUCAGGAGCUGGAUAAGACCAGGAUGAUCACCUACCUGUCCAAGUUCUACGAGCUCUUCCGUGGCACACCUCUACCUGCCUCAGGUUCCAGAGGAGUGGAUGAAAACAAUAAAGAUUAUCCAUCUAAGGAAGUCAGAAGUAAUAAUAAUGUGCUCAAUCUUGCACUGCCCAGGAAACGAGUACCAAAGGAUGAAAAGAAGUCAGACGGUACGGAUCCCAUUUACAAAAGGAGGCGGAAGUUUUGCAGUUACUUGGAGGAGGCUACAAAUCUGUCGAGUAAUGGCUCCUCACUGCGAGAGGACAGAGAGCCCAGGGAAAACAAAGUGCGCUCAAUGGCUACUCAGCUGCUGGCCAAGUUUGAAAACACACCGAGCUACAACGUCCGGAAAACACAGUUUGAAUUCAGUAUCAGAAAAGCAGCAGAACACUUAAUCCACCUGCCUCCAAAGACUCUGCCCAAACCCCAACUCCAGCCUCAAUCCCAGCAUCCAUUUUCUGUAGUGAAGCUCAGACAUGUUGAGCAAACACACCAUGUGGCCAAACUCCAGCCUCACCCUGAGACUACAGCCCCCCCUGCUUCGUCUCCGUCCUGCCACUCAGCAAUUCAUUUCAUGUCAAGAGUCCUCCAGCGCCUCAGGGAGGUGGAUGAACACAUCUCUGAGAAAAAAGCUCAGACUCAACAGGCUAGAGAGUUUCACACAAAGAGUAUAAAGGAAAAAGCCGUUCACCUCAGUGGGCUGUUCUCAGGAGACAGCUCAGCUGUACUCAAGAGCGGCUCUGUACGAAGGACGUUCCCCUCAUCCGGUGACAAAUGUCACUUGUGCGAGAGGCGUGUUUACAUGGUGGAGAGGGUCUGCGCCGAGGGGCUCUACUUCCACAGGGAGUGUUUUCGCUGUUCUACCUGCAGCUCUGCCCUGCGACAGGGAGCACAUGCCUUUGACUCCGAACAUGGGAAAUUGUACUGCAAACUUCAUUUUGAUCAACGCAACAAUGGCACAAACCUACGGAGGAAUUUGUCUCUGCGUUCUACUCGUUAUGGAGCCGGAGCUCAAGAGCGAUGUGCUGAUGGUGGACAGAGCUCCGAGUCCAGCGGCACGGCAGACCUGCAGAAUGAACCCUCAGCAGGUACCUUCAGCUCGUUCAUAAGGAAACGCCUGAGCUGGCCCCUGAGCGUGACGCGCGCUGUGUGUGGCGCCCCCUGGUAUCUGUGCCACCGCAUGCGUAGUACAGCACAGGCCCUCGCCAGCCACCUGAGGGACAAUGCCCAGGACUAUGCAUCCCUGUAUGAGUUACUGAGCAUGAGCUUGCCCUUGCUGUUCGUUUUACAAGAGGUACUGCUGCAGAUAUACACAGAGGCUGUGCCUGAUGGGCCCAGCUCUGUACAGCCUCUACUGCUGUGGCUGCAGGAGCAUAUCGGCCACAGGCUCAUUUAGAUACUCGUUAGGCCCCGGCUGUUGAUAUUUGACUCCGGAUGCCAAUUGUGGCUGAAUGACGCUGGAGUGUUCUCCUCUUAAUAUCAUUUGCAGCCGUGCACAAGCACCUUGUCAAUGUUUACUUGCCUUUUAUGAUGAUACUGUAGGUAGAUCUGCUCUCAGCGUGUCCUCCGUUCUUGUGCAUCAGCCAAAGAAGAGACACUGUGGGUUGCUCAUUCAGUUGUUUGCAGUUUACUACACCAGGCUGAAAAAGUUUGUCAUAAUGAAAGCUGCACCAAGUAGUUUUAUAGUGGAUUUGAGGGAAACUGAACACCACUUGUAGUUAAACAAUUUUUAAAACGCAGUCAGUGCUUUAAAGACGUGCGACUGCUGACAUGUCCAGUCAUCAUUGCUGUAGAAUUCAACCAAAUGUCUCAGAAAAUGGAAAAUGAUCCUGCGGUUAAAAUAGCUUAACUCAGGUCAUGACUGACUAACUUGAUGCACUUUAUGUUUGAGAAGUGCCUUGUAGAGGCCACAGUAAACUAUCACACUAGAUAAAAGUCUGUUCUCAUGUUACACCAGCCAGGUUUUCUUUUGACUAUACAUAUGUGCUCCUGCCAUAUGAUGACUCAGUUUGCUUUCAUAAACUGUUUUUACUGAUUUUUCUACGGAUAAAGCCAAAGAAUCUCUUUUGAUGCUGUGGGCUGGUGAUUUUCUUUCUCAGUAUUUAAUUCUACUUUGCUGCCAUCUACUGUUGACUCUCAGCAAACCCAUGAGGGCAUAGUGAGAUACCCUGCCCUGUCUCUCCCUGUGUAACAUUACAGUUAUGUUUUAACCAUUGCUUUAUGAGAUAAUUUCAGAUUCACUGUAGACAACAGAGGUUGGUGAGCAUGCUGUGAUGUGUUUGAAUGUGCUUGCCACUCUUGCCAUACUUUUAAAGCAUGUUGUUGGAAGAUCAACUGCAAACCUCUUUGACUGGAAGCUACACAGUUGCUUCCUGUUCAGAUACACCAUCUGAUAUUUGUGAAGCACUUUAGAGUUUCAAAGUAUCUGGGUUUUUUUUAGGAAAUAUUUGAAAAUGAUAUUUGCAAAAACUCUUAGCUUUUAUUUUAAGUGUUUUCGGCAUUCUUUGCUGGAUAUGCAACAUGAUGUUUCUCUUUUGUUUUCAGCUACCUAAUAAUACAUGCUGGAUUACUGUAUCUGCUGGAUGUAAUAUGAGUUAAAUACCUGGUUUACUGUGCAGUAAAGAGGUGGAAUACUAAAGUGUUUUGAAGUACCAAAUUAUUUUUUUCUAUGCAGACUGGACUUGUGUAACUUCUUUUUUUUUUCUAGAAAUCUGUCUAAACAGGAUGAAAAUCAUUCAACAUGUACAAUGGUGCUGACAUACCAACAUUGUUUUCAUCAUGAAUGUCAGUAUUUUGUUUUCAUAAACGUUUUCUACUUC